CUUAACCCAAGGAUGCCGGCCAUGCCACCCCGCUGGCCAAUAUUUGUAUAAUCGCAUUUGCAGAAAAUGUCUGGCAAGGCCUUGCCAGCACAAGCUAGUUCAAGGAGUGUCGCUUCAAAGGCUCCAGUGCCAAAGGCAGAGGUAGAAGACGACGACGAUGAUAAUUUUGAUGACGGUGGAAGGGCUGCCGAGGAGAUAGGUAAGACCUUCACGUACCGGGCAACACUGUCGGCUGCCGAGUCCGCUGCGCUCGAGAGCUUCCGCAGACGUGACCGCUCGGAGGACGACGAGCAGGAGCUGAACCCCCUUUCUGCAAAGCAGCGGAACGCCACCUAUGCCGACAUCCGCCAGCCGGUCCACAGCCGGCCGCUGGGCUCGGGGGCUGAGGCGCUGUGCAUCACCGCCUCCAGCAGCGGUAACGUGCUGGCGGUGGGCGGCCGACAUGGCACCAUCCAGCUGCUCCACCCGCACACGCUGGAGCCCAUGGACACGCUUGUUGUGGCGGAGCUGGGCGCGCCUGCGGGCGGUGGCGGUGGCGGCGGUGCGGGGCCCAGGCCAGCUGCGGCCAACGGAGCCAAGGGCGGCGCCAACGCCGCAGCAGGCGGCGCGGCAGCAGGGCGCGGUGGCGGCAACAGCGGCGGCCUGACGGGCAGCGAUGGCGUGGUGACCAGUCUGGCGUUCCGGCCGGACGUGAGCGGCAGCCGCAUGCAGAACGUGCUGCUGGCGGCACAGGCCGACGCCAUCGUGCAUGUGCACGUGGGCACCAAGCGGGUGCUGCACGUGCAGCGCGAGUCCGGCAACCGCAUCAACACACUGGCCAUGCGGGCGGACGGCCGGAUGUUUGCCUCCGCCGGCUCUGACACGGUGGUGCGUGUGUACGACGAGGCGGCGGCCCCGGGCGGCGCCGCCUGCCGUACCCUGGACCACGGCGACGGCGUGACCACCACCGGACACACCAGCCACGUGUUCAGCCUGGCGUGGCAGCCGGACGACCCGCAGAUCAUCCUCAGCGGCGGCUGGGACAACCGAGUCCUUGUGUGGGACUUGCGCGUGCACAGGUCCGUGCGCUCCAUUUCCGGGCCGCACAUAUGCGGCGACGCACUGGACAUCUCGCCUGCCUCGGGGGCCGGCGCGCCCGCCUCCUCGCCACUGGUGCUCACAGGCUCCUGGCGCGCAACCAACCCGCUGCAGCUGUGGGACCUGGGCUCCGGCCGACUGCUGACCAACCUGCCCUGGUGGCAGCCCGAGCCCGACGGCUGCCUGCCCUACGCGGCGCGCUUCGGCACGGGCGCGGCGGCGGGGCUGGUGGUGGCGGGCGGCAGCGGCGCCAAGCCCAUGGUCCGCGUGUACAAGCUGAAAGCUCCCGGCAACUGCGACCUCGCCUUCACGGUGCUCACAAACCGGCCCGUGCACGCCACGGCCCAAGUGCAGGGCUUCGCCGCCGCGCCCUCCACGCCGGGCCGCGCUGGAGCGGCUGCGACGGCGGAGCCGUGUGUGGCUGUGGCGUGCGACAACGAGGUGCAUCUUGUGUCGCUGAGCACCGCUAUUCACGGGCCUGUGCCCGCGGCGGCGGCGCACGCGGGCGGGCACUGAGGCUGCGGGUUUGGAACGGGCGCUGCAACAGACAUGACAUGUGGAUGUGGGUUUGUGGAGUUGACUACGGUGCUACGCUACUUUGACGGGAGGCCUCGAUUGACGCGAAUGGCCGGGUGUGGGACCACGGAAGCAACAGCUGCAUCAAUGGCACAUGCGAGCGUGCGGCAGACGAACUGUGCCGGGGACGCUAUGGCAUUCGAGCUGUGCCGGGGACGCCGAAGUGCUGACACGCGGGUACCACUCCGGGGGUCAAGGGCGGGAUCGCAAGGUCUAUGCCCAGACUGUCGCCCCGACCAUGAAUUGACAUCCCAUUACACAUAAUAAGGUCCCUGGAUGGUGCUCGGGCAUAAUUUUGAGCGAGAGCUCAAGUUGAAAUGCUAUAUGUCGCGCUCGCCAGGACCCCGCCAACUUAGCCUGAAGCUAUUUUGAUUACAUCUAUACGAGAAUUAAUGUCGACGGCAAUAGAUUCAGGCCCCAAACAGCGCAUAUGCGAGAUAUGGGCUUCGGUCAAUUUCGCGACUUGAGCCCCGAUAAGCAUAAUUUGGACCUUUGCCGACCACUUCUGGCUGAUGAUGAUGUUGGUUAUGUACCUACAGAAAGGCGGUGUCUAAUCCGUGCGGUAGGAUUUGCCCCGGGGCAACGUCCAACGUGCGGGUUUGGCUGGGAAAACGCACCCCCCGGACGGCAGCCCAGUUUUCACCACGGGCAAUAGCUCGUACAAGACAUCUAACUAGCCAGGCGGAUAGCUCCCGGCAACUGCGACCUCGCCUUCACGGUGCUCACAAACCGGCCCGUGCACGCCACGGCCCAAGUGCAGGUGCGUGGCAGCAGUCGCCGUUGUCAUCAUGUGCUACAUGUGUCUGCGUGUUGUUGUCUGUCAUGGCUGCUCCCGGCCCUGCUCGGUGAGGGCGCGAAUGCUCUGUCGUGCUUAACCCCUUGCUGUACGCCCAGACCUUCAUGCCCUCCGUGCUUGCUCACGUCCUGUCACUUGGAACAACAACCAACACACAGCAACACACGCUAAUGCCGCUGCAGGGCUUCGCCACCGCGCCCUCCACGCCGGGCCGCGCUGGAGCGGCUGCGACGGCGGAGCCGUGUGUGGCUGUGGCGUGCGACAACGAGGUGCAUCUUGUGUCGCUGAGCACCGCUAUUCACGGGCCUGUGCCCGCGGCGGCGGCGCACGCGGGCGGGCACUGAGGCUGCGGGUUUGGAUCGGGCGCUGCAACAGACAUGACAUGUGGAUGUGGGUUUGUGGAGUUGACUACGGUGCUACGCUACUUUGACGGGAGGCCUCGAUUGACGCGAAUGGCCGGGUGUGGGACCACGGAAGCAACAGCUGCAUCAAGGGCACAUGCGAGCGUGCGGCAGACGAACUGUGCCGGGGACGCUAUGGCAUUCGAGCUGUGCUGGGGACGCCGAAGUGCUGACUGUGCCGGUACAUGCUCGCCGCGUGGUUCGUCGUGAGUAUAUAACGCUUAUGUAACUUGUUGCGGGC